AUGGUAAAAUAUGUAGAAGGGUCGUUCAAUGAAGACUACAUCCAAACGUUGGGGGUCAACUUCAUGGACAAGAAGGUGCAGAUCAAAAGCACAAAUAUCACGUUCCUGAUCUGGGACUUGGGAGGAGAGAAGGAAUUCAUCAACAUGCUUCCGCUUGUAUCUAACGACGCGGUUGCAAUUCUAUUUAUGUUCGACUUGACACGUAAGUCGACCCUCAAUUCGAUUAAAGAUUGGUAUCGGCAGGUCCGGGGCUUCAACAAGAGCGCCAUUCCUUUUCUCGUGGGGACAAAGUACGACGAAUUUGUUGAACUAGACUUUCAAGACCAAGAAGAGAUCACACAGCAGGCGCUUCGAUUUGGCAAGGCCAUGAAGCUGCCGGUUAUCUUCUGUUCGACUAGCCACUCCAUCAACGUGCAAAAAAUAUUCAAGGUCAUUCUAGCCAAGGCCUUUGGCGUGAAAUUAGUUCUAGAUGAGAUCGUCAAUGUAGGCGAACCCAUUCUUGUGUACAAGUGA